CCAGUGCAGUAGCAGCGGCCUUCUACAAUGGUGGAUAACAAUUGUAUUAUCGAGGGAAACGUCAAAUUUCGCGACGGCAAAAAAUGGAAAUCACGAUGGUGUGUAAUGAGGAAAUUGUCACCAGUUGCAGAUUGCCUUCAUUUGCAACUGUACGGAGAUAGCAAGGAUCGAUAUAAGCAAGGUCAAACGAAAGCUUCGUUAAGCUUGCAACAUUUUCUCGGCGUAGAGAGUGGUUUCACUCUCGAUAAGGAAUCCAAUACCAUUGCCAUAAUAUGCCAGGAUGUGACGGUCGUUCUGGCAUUCGACACCAGAGAACGGUUGAUACAAUGGCAAGUGAAGAUUUCGAACAACUUGGGCGAAGAUCAACAGUUCCUGAUACUGAUCUCCACGGUGCCGUCGAAAGCGAAGCUCACAAACGGACCGGCACAUUUACACAUACAGGACCGUCGCUUCUGCAUCACGGUCGGAGUGCCUCCCAGAUUAGUCGGAAUUUGGGAGAUAGCUCAUCUUCGACGCUACGGGGUGGUAGAAGGAAGAUUCUGUUUCGAGGGUGGCUCGAGAUGCGGUCGGGGGGAAGGUCUGCACGUGUUGAUAACGGAUCAAGGCGAAGAUAUCGUGAAGAUGCUGCAGUUAGCGGCCGAAGGAAAGCUAACGAAAAAGCGGCCGCUAAGCAAGGAGCAAAUGAUACAGGACAGCCCUCGCCGUCAGUUCUCCCGUUCCGAAACGAGGGCCAGCGAUUUCUUCCCCUCGACUGUUUACUCGUCCACGUACGAGGAGCAGUGUGACAGCUGCAAGAACGAAAGCUCGCCCUAUUGGUCGUCCGCGGAGAGCAGCCAGCAAACUGAGCUCGACAGGGAUUACAGUAGCCGUGACACCGUCUCCGUUUCGGAACUGCCUGACCAACCAGGGGAAUGGCGCAGCUGUUCUCUCACUCGUCAAGGAACAUCCGCUCUCGAGCGAUGCGCUAGCUGCAUCAGCAAACUGGGCACCGUCUCAAAGUCCUCUACUCUAGUCACGGCGAUGGGCGCGAGCAGCGUGAGCAGCCCGGCCGGUACGAUCAACAAUUUGGGCUGCCAUUUGCAACCGCGUACGCUGGAUCGGUUGUCCUUGUCCUCGUACAGCAGCAGCAGCCACGACAGCGACUAUUCCAGCUCUCAGCAGGCCGAGUGUCACUGUUCGCAGAAAGGCUCGCAAGCGAACGUGCAACGCGCCUCGCCCAGUCCCAGUUCGCUGCCACCCAGACCACCCAAACCGUCCCAAAGCACUGCCACCAAGAAGGUUAAGAAACCCCCCAUGCCACUGCCGAACGAGCAGAUCUGCGUGCACUCGCGCAGCAAGCAGCAGCUCGUCCCGCGUAACGCGAACAGCGUCGUUGGUCCGUACGAGAAUUACGACGUUCCCAAGUCGAUUUUGGGCCACCACGUGCUGUUGGAGCAGAAUCCUCAACCGGAUCAGUAUUACGAUACGCCAAGGAAAAUCAAAGAAUGCCUAGCACUGCCAAAAACGUAUCCUAAUUACGAUACCCCUCAAGCGCCUCAAGCGGUGGUGUUGCAACAGUGCGGUUGCCCGGCCAAGCUUACCGUUCAGUCCCCCAGAUCCUCUGGAUGUCCCUGUCAGAACAUGAUGAGCUGGGCAGGCUUCGUGCUACCGUAUUGCAGACGAGGAGCCGGUAUCGAGCCAACGGGGGUAGCCGUGCACCCCGUCAAACUGUCCGGGGAAGGAAAGAUGCCUGUGGUCAACGCGAGCGGAGAGAUCGCUAUCUACGCGACGGCCAAACGACCUAACAAAUCGAGCACCACGGAAGAGAAGAGCAAGGACAACUGCGAUUGUCUGCCGGAGAAUAAAUCUAACAAUUACGAGAACGUCGAGCCGGUUAUCGACACCCAACCUGAAUCCAAACAAGCGAACUACGCAAACAUCGAUUUCACGCAGUCUCUCGAACAUUACGAGAACAGCAAGGAUCUCCUGGCCAAGAGCGGUAUAUCGCAGGAAGAGCUUGAGAAAUUUUCUGAUCAGAUCAAGGACGAAACGCCCGAGGCGCCCGUCGAGGAAUCCUCCAAGAUAUGCCAGAAGUGUGGUCAUGUUAAGGACAGAGAGAACGAUUAUUUAGUCAUGGAUCCCGAAAAGCAAACGCCAAAGAAACCGUUCCCCGGUUAUUUACCCAUGCAGCCAGCCCACAACGCUUGUUCCAAAGAGAUCUUGUCUAGAAUCUGCAGCGGUAUUAAAAGCUCGAGCAAUCCUGCGUUAUCGGGCUCGGCAGUUACCGAGGCUAGCAAGAAGCGUUCCGAUUCCGAAUUUCGUGUACCUGGUUCAGCAAUGUUGUCCAGUCCAUACCUCAGACGUCGUUAUCUGGACGGAAACAAUGUAGCAGAGUCCAGCGGAAACAUCGGUAUGCUGUUGAGGAAACGAUCCUACUCUGCAGAGUCAGCGCACUACCUGGACGACGAGAAUCACACGUUCCCGUCGACCCUCACCAUCCACAAGUGUUCUAGCGAAGCGGAUAAAGCUUCUUUGGUCAGGGGAGAGACGCAUACCUCUUGCGUUAAUUCGGAGAUCAAAAUUAAUCAGGAUAACGGGCAGAUGUCGAUAGCCACGUCCCAGCCGUCGUUCAUCAAAAUUCGACGUUCUUCUUCCGUUCCAUCCAAGACCGGACAUAACAGAGACUCUUCUAGCAGCAACGAUUCCGGCGUUUCCACGGGAUCUCUCAGUCACAGAACGGCAGAGUUCGUGGAGUUUGAGUUGUCAUUGGCACCUUCGACGUCCGCGAGGAAACAGAACGUAUUGUCCGUUUAUCGGAAAAGUCCACCGCCAACGUGUUAUCACAGCAGCUUACCGAGGAAGUCCAAAUCCAGCGAUCCUCUUCGAGAACUAUCCUUUCAAUUUCAGAAGAUCAAAAUACCUACGAAAUCCUCGUCGGCGGAAGCUGAUAUACCCACGUGUUUGCCUAAGGGUGUGAAAGGGUAUAAUAGUCCUGGGGAAGUGUCCAGUGCUCCUUACAUCGACUCGCGAAGCACCAGCAGCGGCACGUCCGACAUGUCCGAUUAUAUUGAGACGUUGUCGUUGUCGUCUCACUCGUCAUCCGACACGCCGGACAGUCUCAGACUGGGCGGUAGGGCAGUAGCAACAACGCUACGCCCUCGCAGCGGAAAAGAGUAUUACAAGAUCGACAGAAGUAUUCUUGUUGAACAAGGAAGAACGUUGACGACACCAUCAGCCAAUUACGCGAACAUUACACCGGUGCUUGAGAAAAGCGAGUCCCCUUCGCCUGGAUAUAUGAGCAGUUCUCCCUUUGAACAACCACAACCUACUCGUGAACACUUUUUGUUUCCUGAUGAAGCUUGAACGUAGCAACAUUGUUUGGGAAGAGAGGGGAAAACUUGAAGUUCCUAGGAAUUCCAAACAAAAUCUGUAAGAGUAUUCAUGGUAGAAAUGAUAACUGGGGCAUCGUGACUGUUUACACUAUACGCGGGUAUCUAGUACAACACUUUUCCUGCGUCUACGUACUUCAAAGGGAGGAACGCCAGGACGAUCAUCUUUCGUUGAUCCAGCAUUCCAGAAACAAGAGUAAGAUACGGAUACUUUACAACUGUUAUACGUUUUCGAUUUCUUUGCAAUGUCUUCUCAACUUUCUAAUCCGCACAAUCAAAGGAACCUAAACGAGGGGAGUUUCGAGGGAUUCUAGGUUCUAGCGUAUAGUUGAAAUGAAGUCAAUAAUUGAACACUUCCUACAACGACUCAAACAAUUUCUAAAAUAUGCUCAAUAAGAAACUGUAAUAGUUUGUAUAGUAAGAAUCCUGCCCUAGGAUUAAUCGAGGAGGCGGUGUGCAUCCAUAUAUUGUAUACUUUGUAUGAGUAUAUCGUUUUUUGGAUAUGUUUUAUUUUGUAUGAGUAUAUACUUCUAUAUAGAGUAUUGUACAGCGGUUAAAACCGAGGAAUGCAAUUAACGGCUCUGUGUUUUUUAAUACCGGUUCACGUAACACCAUCGAUUUGCAUUCUGAAACGCAACCAAAAACGGAAAAAGGAGAAGAAAGGAAAAUGCAAUGAAAGUAGUCAGUUGCAUUAGCAUUCACAGGGUUUUUCAAACUUUUACUAGUUAUUUUUUAAUGGCUAAGAUUAACAAUAAUAUAGCCGUCGAUGGUCUUCUUUUUUAACGAGAUUUAUACGAUGGAUAUUGUAGUCUCUCUGGGCAAUCAAAGAUGGCACUAUGUAUAGAUUAUAAAGGAAAUAUCUUUAAAAAAAAAUACUAAGGUCCUAAGGAUACGUGAACGGAUAUAUAAAAGUCGAAUUAUUUUUAUUGAAUUUUUACCGCCUCGUCAAGCGGUACUUUAUUGUACUGAUACGGCUUCGAUUCGUCUAUGAUUUCCUAUUUAGAUUUCUAUUUAGGCAACGAAUUAGUUUUUAGUCGUCAAUUGCAAUACUAAUUUUCCCUUUUCGUAUCGUAGAAAUGUACUUAACGUAUUUUUUAUUCCUGCUUAAGAUAAUCUAUAUCGUUUCGUGCGCGAAGAGCCUAUAUAAUAUGUCUAUAUGGAAUUCUUUACCAAAAAAAAGAUGAAGAUGAAGCAAAAGAGAGAGAGAAAAAAGAAAGAGGAAUAUUUAUUUUUACUUCGAUGGUGCAGGAUCUUUUUGAUAAUAAAACUAUUUAUAACGUAGACGGUUAAGCAAGGAGCUAGGAGAAGUAUCGAUGAGGAGAAUCUACUUAUUGUUAGAUUAGUUAGGCCUAUUUUAUGUCUGCACAGCUUCAGACUUCUUUAACCACAAAUGUCGAAAAGAAAAGAAUGCAUACACGAGCACCUUGAUCUCCGCGUUUAUUUCUCUUCUUGCUCUGCUAAUCUCUUGCACCGAAGAUUAAUCUAGGCGUGUGAUCGAUGGAUAUUAAUGCAGUGAUACUGAACGCAAUAAUGUAGCAAUGCUAGGAAUUAUAUACGCUGAUUAAUUAAAAAAGAAAAAUGAAGAAACGGAGAAUAAGAAUGAAGAGAAUAUCAAAUAUUGAAUGUUUUCGCAUCGAGAUAUUAUUAAAGCAGAUUAAUUCUGUUUCAUGUACAACGUGUUAAUGCUCCACGGAGCGGAUAAUCAAAUCAGUAUUCAAAAUCAAAAAGAUGAACGGUGAACAUCGAGCGUUUUACCGUGCCGUAUUAGAGGUUCAUUGAACAAUGUAAAGUUAACCGGAAAUCACGAUUCAAACGACAAUAUAUCUCUGUAUUUUGCACCCGCACGAAGCCCCUUUAGCGACACGCGAAAGGAAUUGUUUUUUGUCAGCAACAGUAAUUGUAAUAUAAAAUCUACGUCCGUCGUGUGUUAAAGAAAAUCUUCACGGUGUGUUCUUGUCUUUUUUAACGAUCACAUCGUACGUAGCAACGCCACACUUAUAUCUUUUUUAACACGCUACGUUUUUGCUGAGGAAAGAAAAGCAAAUCGGUGGAGGAGUCGCACUCUUCUCUCAACACAGAUGGAUAACUUGUAUAAAAAAUUAAGAUACAUAUAUAUAUAUGCCACAGUUGACUCUAUAACGAAUUGUAAAAGUAUUAAAGUAGUAUUAUCACAAGACUGAACAAGAUGAUAAUAGUUGCUGUGUGGUUAAAAUCGUAGGAGAUAUCUAAAAAGCUAGAGAUUUAUAAUAUAAUUUUCUCGUGCGCAGCUCUCUUCGAGCGAUCUUUCUAACUGUAACCCCUUUCGAACUUUUUUAACGAAAGAUGGAAGAGAUCUCACUCUUUUAUUUUCUACUCUGCAUUCCGUGCGUCGAACGUGUUCCGUGGCUUUUGUAACAGUGAUGGGCGAUCCUGAGGGCCAUGAACGCGCAUAUGGCACUGUCGGAUAGAAGUUUCUCAAUUUUAAAAUUUCAAAUCUCUACAUUGCUAAAUUUCCAAAUUCGAUAUUUCUAUCUCUAAAUUUGUAAAUUGUCGGUUCUUCAUCUGCCCAUUACUGUUCCACGAUAUAAUAUGACGAUAACAUGUAUCAUACGCGAAUUAACCCUUCUUCGAAUUAUAAGGCCUCAAAGCUUGAUGCUUGCAAAAUAUAAUCGACUAUUUUGAAAUUGACAAGGCAAAUUUACCGAUUCGGUAAACUGGUACUUAAGGGCCUAACGAGAAAUCUGGAGAAGGGUUAAUAAAGAGAAACAAAGUUUUCACUUUGGUACCGAUACCAAGUCACUGUCCAAACUUUUCCGAAUUUCUUAUCGCAUAUAAAACUCGUAUUCUCUGUACGAAUAAUUUAUAGAACACGACACGAAAGGUACUUAAUAUUGAGAGAUCAGGUAUCGUAGUAGAAUUAAAGAAAGAAAGCGAUCGACCUUAUAUUUCUCUUAUGGAUCGUCGAAUCCCAGAGAGUUAUUAUUAGAUUGUACUAUUGUCGAAUGAAAAAAAAGUAUACUCUUUAAUCUAAAGCCGAUAUCGUACCCCAUACAUUCAGUGAAAAAUAUUGUAUACAUUUAAGAAUGAUAACAGAUAAAUUCUGUUGCACCGAUGAUUCCCAAUCGCGCUAACAAUUUAAUCGGAAAAGAGGAUAUUGAAUUUUCGGUUAUCAGAGAAUUAUCGCGACUUUAGCGAGCCCGCGAGAUUGGGAAUCCAGUUCUAUAAACACAUGCUAGUCAAAGUUAAGUAAGUACUACCGUAGUAAUACUAUAUUUUUACUGUAAAAGGGACUAUCGCGUACAGGUCGAAAGCUAGAUGCACGAUAUUCCAGACGAAAUAGUUUAAGAACACUGCCAUUUCUAGUUAAAAUGUCCUAGAUGUAGCAUCCAAACGCUGCAUUAAUUAUUGAAUAAAAGACUAAACGUACACAUAUGUAUCCUAGGAGAGAUUCGAUAUAAAAAGUAGAAGUAGAUCUACCAAUUUCGUAUGCAAUUUAUUAUAAAUUAAAUAUAGCAUCGUCGUUCCCAUUUUUAAAAAUUGUGUUCACUUGGGCUAGUUGCAUAUUCUCGAUAGACUGGCGGCCUAAAGACAACGAUAAAGAUGUUUCGAAAUGUUAGGACGAUUGAACCAAGGAGGGUAGAAGUCUUUUAAGGAUUCAAGUUCGGUAACACACGAGAGUGCGAGGGAAUGAAGUUGGAAGCCUUGGAAUUUCGUUUCUGCAGGACUUUUGUAGGAUUUCAGUGAAUCGUGCAAGGAAAUCUUGAACCCUUUAGCCAGUAACAGGUGACUGUAUCAAAUUUAGUCGAUCCCUUAAACGCGGGGACAAAGUUGGGAACUCCCUGAUAAUGCGAGAAGAAAAAGUUGGAAGCUCUCAGAUUUCGUUUUCUAGAAUUGCUGCAGGAUUUUAGUAACGUUAAUCCCUCCGUUCGUAAUACGUGAGAGCGCAAAGGAAUGAAAUCGCUUUUGAAUUUCAUUUCCAUAGAUUUGAAAAUUUGCAAUCGCGAAAAAUGUACUUAAUACCUUUACAACGCUUUGAUUAAGAAUUACACCAAGAUUAUCGAAUUUCUGAGUGUUCAAAUUCAAAAUGUGUACGCGACGAGCUUGCGACGAGGAAUAAAAUGGAAUUGAAAGCGACAUCGUCAAGGAUAACGUGCGACAGUUUUCGAGCCUAGAACAACCAUAUCUAAGAAUUUACUAAUGAUAUACAUAUUAUAUAUAUAAAUAUAAAUAUAUUGACUACAAAUAGAUGAUAAAGUUUCCAAGGGUAUUAUACACGCUCUGUUUAUAAUUUCUGUACAUAUACGUAGUCGGUGUGUGGCAUUAGCGUAUUCGAGACUCUUUUAUUUUGUGAUCCAAGAAGAAUCCGCUGGUAAAGACGACUUUUUACGUGUACAUAAAGAACGUGAACAGAGAGAAAGUUGUAGUGCGAUGAAAUGCGCUCGAAUCGUCUUCAGAGAGGAUCCAUUCUCAUGGGUUCCGAUUGAUUUCACUUUUCAUCGCUCUGUUCGACAACCGUGUUUGUAAUUGCACGUUCGCCGGGGUGAUAAUUGAUUUGCGGAGAGUGUUUAAUGACGGGAGAGCGAGCCGUAUUGUCGUCAGGGAUUAUUUAUGCGAUACGAGCAAUCUGAAACGCUUUACCGCGCGCGCACACACAUACACACACACACAGAAACUAUGUAGCAUACGAAUCUCUAGUAAGGGAGAAAGAGACUGGCGAAAUUUCCUCCCUGUUUGCGAACUUCUCUGUGUAAACUUUGCAGGAGCCCUAACCCGAAUACGUAUUCGUUUGAACAGUGAAAUUCAUGCAACUCUUUCGAUAUUUUUUGCAAAUAUUUCGAAAAUAUCGUAGUUCUGUUUGUAUCGAGUGUUAUUUUGUACGAGAAAAUUAAUUUGGCCGCUAUUGUAGUUACGUUAGCACUCGAUUAGGAAUUCAUUCACCGUGCGUUAAUCAGCGGUGAUUUCCAUACGGUAAACGGGGUCAUCCGGGUUAGGAAUCGGUUAGAAUUCCUUUGCAUUUGGUUCGAGAGAAGCUACCGUUUGCGCCGCAAGCAGCGAAAUCCGUUAUUCGCGCUGUCGAUGCUACCGGUUUAGUACGCUCUUUAUUGCACGCGAUCGUAGAAAUUACGGGUAAGAAUAAAGGAAGUGCAAUCGAAGUUGUAUCUUUUCGCGCCUCUCUACUUAACGCGAAACGGUGUGCGAACGUUCUUACCGGAGUGUUCUGGAAUUACGAUUAUCCGGCGAACGUUUUAACGAUAAUAGCGUGUCAGAUCGAUGUAACUUUCACGUCUUUAUAGAGAUUGAAAUUCCAAGCCUUAUUUAACUCGAGCAAUACAAAAUAUGAUUUUUGCAUCAGAUGACUUAUUUGGAAAUGUACAAAAGUACAGAAGAGAUAACGUAAAGAGAUCGAUAGCAUCGAAGCACGAAAUGUACAUAACAUUUUCAGUAGACGGUCUGUUGAUCAUAUAAAUAAUGAUCGUGUGAAUAUGAAGGAACAUGUACAAUCGUGUGCAAUAAUGAUUUCUAUUGAGGAAGAAUGUAGAUCUCCCAUUAAUCGUUUAAUAUUCGCCGAGUACUUGAGUGCAAAGGUGGUUUAUUGGAAUUCGUAUAUACCCUAAUCAUAAAGUAUAGCCGUUUUAAAAUUCUCGACGAACGUAGUCGUUUUUCCUUGGCGACGGAAAUCAUCGUUGCACGGGGUUGUACACGAAUCAUUCCGAGAUGAGUCUGUUCCGCGUAAAGGUUUCGCAUGUGAUGUACAACCGUGCCAUCUUUAUUCAUCUGUUACUUUAUUCAUUCACACCAUGAAAAAAUGGCACGCGUCAAGAAUGAUAAGCGUGUACUUAAUGAGCGAACAAAGUGAGAAUUCCAUUAGCUGAUAAUUAGAGCAUACGUACGAAGAAGUCGAAAUCCGUUUACUUUGACAAUCCGUUCUCAAAAGCUAGAGAAAAGUUGUUCGGUUCAGACUGUUCGAAUACACUUGAAAAAAGAGCUUGACACUUUACCAAUCGAUCGAGUACAUCUAUCUUGAGCUAUGAAAUGAUUAAGCGUUUAUGUUUAAAUUGAAAAUGAAAAACGGAUAAAUUAAUAUAUCGCUAACGACUCGAACGAUUGGCAAAGUAUUGAUGAAGAUUGCUGUUUAUAUCAAAUUUUAUAGGAAAAAUCGAUCGUGAACAAAUCGUCCUUUAACGCGUUGACUGCUAGGAGAUUUAUGAAAAACAAAACGAAACGAAUUUCAGAAUACCAUUAUGCACUAGUAAUUCUACCAGUGUCGGUCAACGCGUUAACAAUUUAAUUCCCUCCCUUUUAACCCCCUGCUUUAUAAAAUCGAAUUCUACUGUAACAAAAGAAAUUGUAAGUGAAUAUUCAUUUACAAAGUCGAGACUUUCCAAUGACAACUUACGUAAAACAUUCCGUUCAUUCUUUAUAUAUAAACAAUAAGGCAAGGGGUUAACAAAGAAGAAGAAAUAUUAUAUAGACUGGAAAGACAGUAUUUUAGAUGAUCGAGUAAAAAGAAAUGAUCGAAAAGAAUCGCGAGAAAAUGUAUACAUAAAUGAAGAUUUAUUUUCGAGGGUAAAAAUCGAUGAAUUUGAGAAGAAAAACAAUAAGCUUACGUGCUGGGUCACAAUUUCACGUUGAAGCGCGCAUUUCAUCGAAUAUAAAUCUGAUCGAUUACCUUUCGAAGAAUUGUUCAUUUUCUUUUUUUUAAUAAUCAAGGUAAGCGGGUGCGUGUGAAUGAGCGAGGGUGAUCAAACAAAAAUCAUUAUUACGUAUUUCUUAAGUAAAUUAUAAAUUGAACUCAUACACAGUUUGUAGCGACUCGAGUCACUGAUUUAUUAAGAAAGUAGAAGAAAUAAAAAGAUUAAAAGUAAUCCUCUGAGUUUCUUUUCCACGUGUCCCAAAGCAGAUAAUAAAGAAUGAAGGAAGAGGUAUUUCUUUCCAGAAGAAACAUCGUAUUGCGUAACAAAAAAGGUUCGAUUUAUUGUUCAUAACUUAUGUUAAAAUAGAUGUAUAAUCAUAAUAAUAUUAAUAAUAAUUAAUAAUCAUAAUAAUAAUAAUAAUAUCGACAGAGCCAAUAAAAUCUACGAUCGUGGUGUUUCUUUAUUCUCUUCACAUUUAACUAGAUUGUUUUCGUUUUACAGAUAUACCUCAGAAAAAUACACUUCUCUUUCUCCCUCUCCUUUCGUUUUACAUUCCUUGUAUUCCAUACGGAAACAGUUAAGAGUAAUAAAAAAUAUCGUUCGACGAAUUAUCGUUCAUCGCGUGCGCGUGAACGCGUAUUUUUAUUCGUAUUAUUUGUUCUCGUGUUUAAAUAUGUAUCUCUUUUGUUUGUUCAUCACAGAUUACUCCUUCUCGAGAAAAAUACAGGCCACAGAUUUUCUAACGAGCUAAUAUAAUGAAUUCUCUUCCCUUUAAUUCGUUCAUGGCCAACGUUUAAAAUAAUUGAUCGACGAGCAACGAUCGAGGAUAAAGGAAAAAUCUAUCUUUUUUUUUUCUUUUCAUAUUUUCUCAUACGUAAUAUACGCAUUUAUAUAAUUGUAAUAAUAUAACAGUGUCAGCGAUAAAACUACUCGUUUCUUCGUGUACAAAGGAACGAGUAUAUGUUCAACAAUUACUUGAAACAUUCGUUACAGAGCCAUAACGCGUGUACAUCCUCUCUUCUGCAAUAAUUCUUCGCAAACACGUUUACUUUCUGGCACAGAAGUGAAACAUUUACACGCACACGGUAAGAUCCUGUACAAAAAUAAGGAGCAGCAUUUAAGCGGUUAUUGUUCUUCGCGAAGAUAUUUCAGAAACUUUACUUUCCUCGUGUUCAUCCCUUUUUUCCUAAUCCUCGCUAAACGCGCGCUCGUUCUUCGUCUCUUAAUUUUUUGCUUCUCUUUUCUCGCACUUUUAUUUUCGUUUGCUUUUCCUCGGACCGCGCAUGGAACUCGUUCUACGGACGCUCCUAGUUUGCAUAUUUAACAAUUUGUUCAAUCUCGUUAAAUCAUGUAUACUUAACGUACGUAUGUAUAUAACUAUGUAAUAUGUAUAUAUAUAUAUUCUAAGAUUUCCUAUAAAAAAGAAGUUUCGUCGCCUGGUGAACGAACAACCAUACGAUUUCGAAAAACCGUUUCUACUUGUAAGUUCAAUUAAUAAAAAUGAAAUGUUAGUAAGUUUGGACCAUUUUUUGCUUUGCUUGCUUAAAGACAUCCUCGUGUAGUUACUAUUAUUGUCCAUUGUUCUUUCUUGAUUAAUUUCGAUUUCAAGUUCAGUCGAUAUUCUUCUAUUUUUAUUUUACUUGAAGAGUACAAGUGUCCAACACUUUAGAACCGCGUGUUAAAGCAAAGAAUGGGAGAUCCAUUUUAUGGACGCUCACAAAAUAAAGAUAGCCAAGUAUAAAAAGAAGCUAUUUAUCUUUCUCGAGAAUUACAUCUGAACCAUAAAGAGAUAAGCCAUAAGGAUAACUCGAAAAAUUCUUUUACGUUCAUGAACUGAAGAUAUUUAUAUUUAAAUAAAGAUAGGCCUAUAAAUAUCAGAUUCACGAAAUCGUACGAUUGAUGUUACCCUAAAGUUUUCUAUAAAAAUAAUACAACAAGCUUCGCUAUGUUACGUGUAUAAGUCGUUAGCCGUACGAUCUUACAUAUUAUAACAAAAUAAUUAAUAUCGUAACGCGGCAACAAUCGAUCGGUAAAAGUUGCGUUUCAUCUAAAUUCUCUAAGCGUAAAAGUGUGUGUUCUAUUUCUUGGUGUUCAGCGCGAGAGAAAAAAAAGAAUAUUCUGUUCCUCUUUUUCGUUAAUUACAAAACGAACUUUGUGAAAACUGGAUUGACUAGCGAUCUUUUAAAAUCUUCUAUUAGAAAAAGAAAGAAGAAGAAUCAUGUACGAGUGACUGCUCGGAAAGAUGACCAGAGAAAGUGGAAGAUAAAAAGAUGAAGAAAAACGAAACGAUGACUCGAUUUUUGAACUUUUAAUAUUUUUCAUACUUUGAUAGCUGCCGUCGCUAAUUACCAAAAUGUAAAUUUCUACGUUAUUACCGUUAAUAUUCGUGUUAUUACUAAUGCACAAAUUAUACCUCGAAAUGUGGUAAUUUUGCAUGGUACAAAAGUUACGGAUGUAAUAUUACCUCCAUACGGCUAUCCUAUAAAAUUAAUGUUGCAACUGCAAUUAAUUAUUACAAACUCAUGAAUACGAUAACAGCCAUCAAAGUAUUCGGACUACUAUAUCACAUAUUUCGAAGAUAUCGUGAUAGACGUAUAUAUGUAUUUUUGGGCGUUCAAAGAGCAUUCUCGUGUCUUUUCUUUUCCUUCUUUUCCAGGCAUCGAAAUCUCCCAGGCGCGUACGUUCAAUGGCACUUGCACUGUGUAAAGCUUACGCAACAUAUAUGUACAUGAUACAAGUACAUAAUGCCUUUAAGAGUUUGUACGUUGUUCGUAUAUAUCGUUAGAAUUCAUCUUUGGCUUCGAAGCGUCUUGUAUAUUCUUUCUUUCUUUCUCUCCUUUCACCCUAAAAUACAUCUAUUUAGAAGCUCAAUGAAAAUAUUCUGCGAAGAUAUUAUACGUGUCCUCUCUCUCUUUCUCUCUUUAAAUAUACACUGCAUAAUACGUAUAUAUUUCUUCUGACGAUGUUAAGACGAUAAAUUUUGCAGCAUUUUCAUUGAAACUAGCUGCGCAAACGUUCGCUAAAUUGUCUUUUUUUUGGUCAGUCCUUAUGUACAAUGUUAUAUAUGUAUUAAUUUUCUCUUUUUUCUAAGACUGUAUGAUAUUUUCGUAGAUAUUUCUGGGUUUAAGACACGACAGUGUUCCAGGGAUUAGAGUUGAUCGUUCAACGUUUCGUUAGAGGAAGUGUGUCGGGGAAUCGAGUAUCCCUAAAGUUGCGCUCCAAAAAUUACUUCGCUUCUCGCGUAAAUUCACUGGUUCUUUGUUUUCGUUUGUUCUUUGAAUAAAAAGUAAUCGGUUAACGUCGAUGCUCGUAAAUCGAUCGAAAAUUACGAUAGCUAGUGUAUUUAUAAUGGCUAACACGCUUCUCGCGGAAUGAGAAACGGUUCAAUUAAAACGCUUAGUACCGCACGCUAUAAGUGUUACGCUAGGCUGUGUUCGUAUAUUACGCUACGUUUAAAAAGUUAGAAAAAAAAACA